AUGUCUAACGCUUGGAAUCAACAUCAAACCGAGUCCGAGACUCAUAACGUCGAUAGCGUAAAUUUGAAUCAAGUCGAUCAAACCGCAGAAAGGGAUCAUAUCCCUCAAGAGACGAACUUUGCAAACCAGGAACAACAGCAAACCAACAUGAAAGCGGAACCUUCAAGUGAACAUGUCAUACUGCCCUCCCUUUCCAGUAUAGGCGGAGUUCAAACUUCAAGUGAAAAUAAUAUCACUAAUCCUACUCAAAACCAAAUUCCUACUACCGGUGUGAACACUGCUACUACAUCUCAAUCCAGCAGUCAAAUGUUACCAUCUGUGUCGUCCACAUUUGCUACUCCACCAAACUCAACUAACAUCACCGUUCCCGCUCAGAAUCAGGAACAACCCAAGAGAAAUUCUGCAAGUACAGGUUUCUCUGUAGCAAGUUUUGAUAACCCACUACCAGCAGUUCAAAACCAACAACCUUUACCAGUGCAACCACAACCACAACCACAACCUCACCCCCAACCUCAACCUCAACCACAGUCACAACAGUCACAACAAGCACAACAAGCACAACAAGCACAACCUCAACCACAACAGCCACGAGAACAAGACCAAUUCCAAGAUUUAGCUUACAGACCCUUAAACGUUAAGGAUGCUCUAUCUUAUUUGGAGCAAGUGAAAUAUCAAUUUAGUCAAAGACCAGAUAUAUACAAUCAAUUCUUGGAUAUUAUGAAGGAUUUCAAAUCACAAUCUAUUGAUACUCCAGGUGUCAUUGAGAGAGUGUCCGCCCUUUUUAGAGGCUAUCCAAUGUUGGUUCAAGGAUUUAAUACCUUUUUACCCCAAGGCUACAGAAUCGAAUGUACCACUGACCCUGAUGGCCCAAUUAGAGUCACCACCCCAAUGGGUACCUCAACUUUAUCUGGAGGCCCAGCUAUGGAAGCUCCAUCUUCUUCGGAAAGUAAUUUGCAACAACAACAACAUCAUCAAUCGCCAACAAUCCCCUCCUUGGCGGCUUCUACGUUCCAAGAAUCGAACUUUCAACAAACUCCUCAACCAGAGGAUCAAUCUGCCAAAAACGCUGAGGUCGAAUUUAGCCAAGCUAUUAAUUACGUUAACAAGAUUAAAAACAGAUUUGCAGAUCAACCGGACAUAUAUAAACGCUUUUUGGAAAUUUUACAAACUUACCAGAGAGAACAGAAGCCAAUAAAUGAAGUAUAUUCACAAGUGACUGUCCUAUUCCAACAUGCUCCGGAUUUACUAGAUGAUUUUAAGAAGUUUUUACCGGAAUCGUCAGGAACUACUUCCACUUCAGAACUUCCACAAAAUGCAGGAAUUCAACAAAGAGCUGCAAUUCCUACUCCAAACCCAAAACACCAGCAGUAUGGAUACCCCAAUAAUUAUUAUCCAAAUGGUACAGGAACUCAACAAAAUUUACCACCUAUUGGUAGUUUUGCACCACCAAAUGGUACUGCAUCUCGAGAAUAUGCUCCAGGGAAUCAAUUUGUGGGUCCAGGUGGAUUACCCUCUAUGAUUCCAAAUGAUCAGGCAUUGCAACAACAGCAACAGCCAGGAUUAGUACAUGGUUACACAAAUGAAGCCAUACCUGUCUCAAAUUUAAGAUCACCAUUGACAGAUCAGCAAUAUCCAAAUCUACUAAACAUGCAGAAUCAAAUGACACCAGGACAAAUGGAUAUCAAUAACGCUACUGCACCUAUGGCUCAACAAUAUACCAAUGAAGCACCAAUUAGACCCGAAAUUGAUUUAGAUCCAAGCAUCGUCCCUGUCAUUCCUGAACCUACUGAACCAUUAGAAUACAACGUUUCCCUGGUGGAAGAGACAAAUUUCUUCGAAAAAGCCAAAAAAUUCAUUGGUACGAAGCAAGUCUAUACUGAAUUCUUGAAGAUUUUGAACCUGUACUCCCAGGAUUUAUUAACUACUGAUGAGUUAUGUGUUAAGGUGGAAUAUUAUUUGGGCUCUAAUGAAGAAUUAUUUACAUGGUUUAAGAAUUUCGUUGGAUUUCAAGAGAAACCUUUAAUCAUUGAAAAUAUAGUUCAUGAAAAGCAUAAAUUGGAUUUAGACCUUUGUGAAGCAUGCGGUCCUUCCUAUAAGAAAUUGCCCAAGACUGAUACUUUUAUGCCAUGCUCUGGGAGAGAUGAAAUGUGUUGGGAAGUACUAAACGAUGAAUGGGUUGGUCAUCCUGUUUGGGCAUCAGAAGAUUCAGGAUUCAUAGCCCAUCGUAAAAACCAAUAUGAAGAAUCAUUAUUUAAGACAGAAGAAGAAAGACACGAAUAUGAUUUCUGUAUUGAAUCUAAUUUAAGAACAAUUCAAACAUUGGAAACAAUUGCGAACAAGAUCGGUAAUAUGACUAAUGAGGAAAAGAAAAACUUCAAGUUACCCCCAGGGUUGGGCCAUACAUCUUCAACUAUUUAUAAGAAGGUAAUUAGGAAAGUCUAUGACAAGGAUAGAGGCUUCGAAAUAAUUGAUUUGUUACAUGAAGAACCAGCUCUUACUGUUCCAGUGGUAUUGAAAAGGUUAAAACAGAAGGAUGAAGAAUGGAGAAGGGCUCAGCGUGAAUGGAACAAAGUUUGGAGAGAAUUGGAACAAAAAGUUUAUUAUAAAUCAUUAGAUCAUCUUGGCUUAACAUUCAAACAAGCUGACAAAAAACUUUUGACCACAAAACAAUUGCUUUCCGAAAUAAGUAGUAUUAAGGUUGACCAAACUAACAAAAGAAUUCAUUGGUUAACUCCUAAACCAAAGAGUCAAUUAGAAUUCCAAUUUGACGAUAAUGAUAUUUUUGUCGAUAUCCUAGGUUUAACAUCUGUUUUUAUCAAUCACAGUUCCACUUAUUCUAAUCCAGAGAAAGAAAGAAUGAAAGAUUUUUUAAGAGUCUUUGUUUCAUUGUUUUUUUCUAUCCCAUUGGACAAGGUUAACGAGGCAUUAUCUGAUCGAAGCCAUUGGCUACAGGAGAAGGAGAAGAAAACCAAGGAAUCUUCGAGAAAUAUCGAUAGUACCACAUCCUCUUCUUCCUCUGGAAGCAAUUCGAAAAAGCGUCCGUUAAAUAUUGAUAUUCCUCUUGCUGAUAUUUUGAGAAAGCAUAAAUACCAAAAGAUCAGAAAGCAAGCGAAAGAAUCCAACGAAGAAAAUGCUCAAGAGGAAGACGAUGAGAACAUUGUUGGGGACUCUAAUGAGGAACUGAAUGAACAAGAUGAAAAUGAGAUAAUUCUAGAGGAAAUUAAGAGACCUUGGUUACUUGGUAACAUUAUUGAAACAGCAAGUAAUCACGGAACUAUAUCUAAUAGAAAGGUUUUCAAUAUGUUUGCAAACACCAACAUAUACGUAUUUUUCCGUCUUUGGACUGUGAUAUAUGAAAGGUUGUAUGAAAUGAAGCAAAUUAACGAGAAGGUAACCAAAGAGGUGAAUAGUAGAAGAAUAUCACAAUUUGCCAAAGACUUGAAUUUAAUUUCGACUCAACUAAAGGAUAUGGGAUUAGAUUUUGUGGGCGUGAACAGUUAUCAAGAACUAUUAGUGUUAAGUAAAAGAUUGAUUCAAAAUGACAUCGAGCAUCAAUGGUUUGAGGAGAGUCUACGCCAAGCUUUUAACAAUAAGGCAUUUAAGUUAUAUACCGUGGACAAAGUAAUCCAGUCCUUGGUAAAACAUGCUCACACUAUCUUAGGAGAUGUUAAAACAUCGGAGAUAAUGGUGCUCUUUGAGAAAGAUCGUCUUUGUUCAUCAACCAGUGCAAAGGAACAAAUUCUUUACCGUUUACAAACGCGAGCUCAUAUGACCAAUACUGAAAAUAUGUUCCGCAUAGAAUUUAAUGAAGAAAAGAACCAUGUUUGCAUUCAAUAUAUUGCUCUAGAAGAUUUGACAAUAAAACAACCCAAGUCCAUGGAAAAGAAUUGGGAGUACUACGUUACUUCAUACUCUUUACCCCAUCCAACUGAAGGUGUUCCUCAAGAUGAACUGAAAAUUCCAUUUUUGGAGAAAACGUUAGAACUUGAAGUAGACGAAGAAGGAGACAACAAGAGUUCGCCCGAGGGUGUUUCAUCAUCCAAAUUGAAAAUCAAGAUUGACCCAAAGUCAUAUGCUCUUGAAAUUGAGCCUGGCUCUUUCGAUCUGUUUUCCAGAAAGUCAAUGAACGUAUAUCCAACAUAUUCAGAUGAAACUAAGAAGAGAAAAAGUAUUGAUCAAAUGACGAAAUUUCUUGAUGGAAAGAACGGAUGGAAAAAAAACCUUACCACAGCUGACUCCACCAACAUCGAGGAUCUAGUAAAAAAAUCUAGAGAACUCAGCAAAGCAACUGGGGAACAAAUUUAA